UCAUUUUUUUCGAAGCAAACAUUAAACCCCAACACGAGAUAAGUGGAAGGAGGGUUUUCAGAUUCUUCUAGAAUUAUUUCGCGGCUGGUUGCAUCGUACAGCUUGUUUGAUCCGAAUUCCUUUUGCGAUUUCGCUGCGUCAAAUCUUAGCGCUGUUGGUUAAGGAUUGAGAGAGUUCUGUGAAAAGUAUUGAUUACGAGGUUGCUGCAAUGGAGAUUCAGGGUUUCGUCGUUUGUUAAUCCGUUCUGAGACGGCUUUUUGUUUGCGCAGGGAUUUUUGUUGUCGCUGUGACUCGAAACAGCUGUUUUGGCAUUUGAAGCCUUUGAUAAACAUGUCAGGUUGGAGCAUAGAUGAGGUGGAUUCGCCAUGCCUGCUUUGCUUUGGAGCUUGGUCAUGAGAUCGAAACCCAGGGAAUACACAACUUUGAACAAUAUAUCAGAUGUACAAAAUUUGAACAGUAUAUAAGAUGGAUGAUAUGUUUUGGGAUGAGUUCAACCAAACUAAGGACCAUAUUGUACCUGAUCCUAGUGGUGCAAAAGAGAGUACAUGGACAGGGAGUGGAAAGCAGUGGAAGAAGUUACAGUGUCAAAAUUCCAAUAUGCUGGCUAAGAGUGCAGAGCAGAAAAUGGUAGGAGUAAACAAUGUCUUUGAGGGUAAGGUUUCAGAUCUGUCUUGUUCAGAUAAGAAGGGUGAGCUAUCAUCUCAGCCAAUAAAUGUGGAUACAUGGGUUAUUCUACAUGAUGAAGACUUGGCAACAAAUGCAUAUGAUCCCAUGUGUGACGACUUGUCCAUGGGAAUUGAUUCUCAAAAGCAGGGAGUAAAUGGUGGUUACUGCAAAGAUUUGAAAUCAGUCAAUGGUGACCUAAUUCUAGGGUACAGUAAAGAGGACCCUUUGUUGUCAAGUAGAGAUGCAGAUGCAGUGACUAAUUCAUCUCAUUUCUUAUUGAGUGAUAUUUCUCCAACAGAGGGUGACCUUGACAUUUUUGAAGGGGAUCACAGAAGUGAAACAAGCAAUAGUAUACUAGAAUAUGAUUGGGAAAACAUGGGCAACUUUGAGGAGGUUGAAAGACUUUUUCGAAAUAGCGAGUCUACCUUGUCAGAAGCAAUGGACAACAGUUCAGAUGAAUUGAUAUGGCAUACAGCUUCAUUUGUCUCAACUAAUCAUAGUGAUCCAAGGAGUAUGUAUCAGGGGAUGAAUUCAUCAAAUCCAGAAAUGACGAACAUGGGAAGAUUGCAACACACUGAACCUAAAGUAAAGAUGGAGUGUGUACCAUGUGACAGUUCAUCUUCCCUUGUUUUCAAUCAGAAAGAUGACUCAGAUGUUGAGCGUGCCCCUCAUAAUGACCAGACUUCAGGUCAUUAUAUACCUUUGAAGAAGCCAUCUAUGAGUCACAUGCUGGCAUCACGAGGAAAUACAGAGAAUGUGUCUGGAACUUUAUUUGAAGAACAGAAAUCAAAGGGUGGUGGGAUAUCAGAAGAAGCUAUACGCUCUCAGUCACCAUGUCAAAAUGAGCAGACAUGCACAACUUAUCAGUAUACAAAUAAAGUUAACUCAAAUCUAAUGCAGACAAAGGACCAGAUAAAAUUUGCUGAUGAUGACAUGGCUCUUAAUUCCCAGAAGGUUCCAUACAUCCAUAGCGGCUAUGGAUACCCAUUGCAUUGUCUUCUUACUAUGCCAUCCUCCAGUCCAGGGCCUCAUGGACGACAACCUCAGCCAUAUUUUGCUGCAUACCAGCUGGCAGAAGGUACAUCCAAGGAACACCAAGCUUUGAAACAGCAUUUUGAUAUGAUCUCUGCCCCACCCAUCAUGACACCACAAGAUAAAAUUGAAAAGUUAAGAUGGUGCCAACAGAUGCAAGACAAACUGGCUAUUGAUCAUAAACAACAGAUCAAUUCUAUGGAAUCUUCUUUGCUUCAUAAACACCCACAAAAAUUACAAUAUCAGCAUGAAGAUGUGAAGCCACAAGAAGUUGUAGACAGAAUUUCAGAAACAUCAACUGGAGAGUUAGAUCAACAGGACAACACGUCUGCAGAUUGUGGAUCAGCUUUUGAUAAUGAAGAUUCCUCUAUGGAGGCAGCAAUGCUUCAUCAACUUCAGACUUCAGUGAUGGAGUUAGACAUCGGCACAAGGCUUAAUAUACGAGAUGCUUUAUACCGUUUGGCCAGGAAUGCCGUGCAACGGCACAAUGUCAAUGAUACCAAGAAUAACAGUGUAACCAGAGGAGAGGAUAUUGAAACAUGUCUCCAGGAGACAUCUUGUAUACAAGCUGACAGGUGUGCUGGCAUUUCAAACUUUGAAACGGAGACUAAUGCCAUUGAUCGCAUGGUGGCUCAUUUACUUUUUCAUAGAUCUCCAGUAGCUUCAGGUGAAGGAUCAUUUACAGUAACAGAAGCUCCUAGUGAUGUAAUGUCUUCAGUGAAUUCUGAGACUCUUCCAGCAACAUCAUCCUUGUGCUUAUGGGAUCCUUCAGCACCUCCAUUGGGUAUGAUGCAGACCACAAUUCCUGUUCAGGCUGUGACACCCAUACAAGACACUUGUAUGGGAGUCAGUAAUCAAUGCAUAGUUAAUAUGCAAGGUAGCUCUUCUUUGACCAGAUCUUGCAAUGCUGCUUCUCUUCAUUUUCAUUCUCAAAUAUGUGAUCCUCUUGUUUCUGGGGAUCUCCAUAAUACUGCUAAUGGGUCCCUGUCAAAACAUCAAGGUGGUUCACAAAAUAAUAAUCAUGCUUCUGAUGCUAAGUGCAAUCUUCUCACCCAAAAAUGUGCUGUUUUGGAGAAUGGAAAGGGUUUUGAAUCUUUUGAUUUACAUGGCAUGAAGAAGAUAGAAGUUUCAAAACCAAAUGAUGGGAAUUAUGCUGAACGGGACUCUUCAGAAAACAUGGACAUUGAUACAUGCAACAUGUCUGCCGAUGUUUUGGUUGCAGAAGAAUCUUCAAAAGUUGGAGUGAACAAAGAGAAUAACAGCUAUAUGGAGAUUGAAAAUAUGGAACAUGUAGUCCAGCCAAUUUCUCCACCAGCUAGAAUCAUGCUAGUCCACUAAGUAGGAAAAUGAAGCUACUUUUAAGACUGAAAUUUGUCUUAUGUUGGCCGGUUCUUCAGUUUGAUCAAGGUCCACAGUCCAGACGGCAGAAAAUUAUGAAAUUGUAUAUAUGAGUCAUUCACUACAUGCUUACCAGAAAAUUUCAUUUUCUUCAAAGUGAAUGCUCAGGUGAGAAAAUGACUUUGAAAACAGCUUGAAGUAUCUGGUGUAUGGGAAGACUGUAUAUAGUUGCCAAUGAUAACACACCUCAGGUAACUGUCACCUAACAAUGAUGUUUCAAGCAGCAUCUAUUUGGGGGUUGGAUUUGCAUUUGGGGAUGACAAGAGUUUUGAACCAGUCUGCAAUCUACAAGUUUUUCUCGUGGGGGAUUGGUCUCCCACAUGUUUGUGUAAUUAUAAUGCUCUGCGUCAAAUCCAACCACUUUCUAAAAAUAUGCAUGUGUCUUAAAUAUAGAGAUCACUGACCAUAUUUUUAUGUAA